AUGGCCACCGAAGCGCCCAAGAAGAUUGAAUGGCUUGUCGUCAUCCCCGAUUUCCCCGGCGCCCAUGAGAAGCGGAUCGAGGUCCGGCCUCAACACUUCGCCGGCCUGGGCACCUUCAAAGACUCGGGCGUGUUCCAAAUGGGCGGCGCCGUGUUGAACGAAGUUCCGGAGGGGUCUGACGCUUCCAAGUUCUCCUUUGCUGGCAGCACUAUUGUGAUUCAGGCUGCUAGCCGUGAGGAGAUUAAGGAGAUCUUGCGACAGGAUAUUUAUGCAAAGUCGGGGGUGUGGGAUGUGGAGAAUGCUCAAAUUUGGCCAUUCCUCUGUGCCUUCCGCAACCAAAAAUAG